AUGACUUAUCUCUCUCAAGAGGCAGAGCGGCCAAAGCGUAUUGGCUCAGUUCCUGGUCAUUUGGUGAUCAAUCGCGGGAGGGAAGAAGGUAAUUCUCGACUUUACCAUGACUAUUUUUCUGAUAACCCUACAUAUGGUGCAAACCUAUUCCGUAGAAGGUUCCGGAUGCACAGGAGUUUAUUCCUUCGUAUAGUUGAGGCGGUACGUGAUCAUGACAACUUCUUUGUACAGAAGAUGGAUGGUGUCGGCAAACUUGGGCUAUCAACUUUACAAAAAGUUACAUCGGCAUUUCGCAUGUUGGCGUAUGGAACAUCAGCAGAUAGUACUGACGAAUAUGUUAGGAUCGGUGAGUCAACUGCAAUUGUAUGUUUAAAGAGAUUUUGCAGAGCAAUUGUAGAAGUAUAUGGAGAUGAAUAUCUGAGGACUCCCAAUGUCGACGAUGUUGCAAGGUUAUUGCAAAAGGGCGAAGAAAGAGGUUUUCCAGGAAUGUUAGGAAGUCUAGACUGUAUGCAUUGGCAAUGGAAAAAUUGUCCAACAGCAUGGGCAGGACAAUACUCAGGAUCCAAUAACGAUAUUAAUGUAUUGCAGUCGUCUAAUUUGUUCGACAAUCUAUCACAAGGUAUUGCUCCUCCUGCUCAUUACACAAUUCAAGAAAAAAAUUAUAAUGUCGGUUAUUAUUUGGCUGAUGGCAUAUAUCCGAAAUGGCCAACACUUGUUCAAACCAUUUCUAAUUCCGAUGAUAAAAAGAAACAAUAUUUUGCAAUGAUGCAAGAAGCAUGUCGAAAAGAUGUUGAGCGGGCAUUCGAUGAACGCGACGAGCAAGAUGUCAUUUCAACUCCACAAUCAAUUCCGAAUGCUGAAAAUAUGGAGAUAACGGAAACUGAAUGA